UAUGCUUAUGCAGAGAAGGGAAGAGUAGAAAAGAGAACUCUUUUGCGUGUGCCUCUCUUUUACCGUACGAUUCUUCGGGCUCUAUGAGAUUUCGAAGUUUCUUCUCAAGGGUAUGGAGUUUGCAUUUUACGAUGUUGGGUUUCACUGUAAAUGAAGUUCUUUCCAAAAACAUAUGCAGAGACUUCUUUUGAGUUUUUGGAGAUCAGACAGCUACAUAUGUUUCUGUAGCUAGUUAGUGUCGGAAUCAUAGAUCAAUGCCUAUUUCUCUUGAAGAAUUGAGUGAGCUGAUCAGUAACUAAGUUCUUCUUAUAUGCAGGUGACAGAUAAACCAGAUGUUUUCAGAAGUAGAAAUGGCUCGGGAUGUGGCUAUAUGUGCCAAUCACUUGAAUGGCCAAGCGCCGCACCAUCAGAUUCUAGGCAGACUACUCAAAGAUCUAAUACACGAGAAAGCAUGCAGGGAACACGGAUUCUAUCUCGGUAUCACUGCUCUGAAAAGCAUCGGUAACAACAAGAACAACAAUGACGAGAACAAAGACAAUCACCAAGCACAUCUCCUCACAUUCCCAGUGUCCUUCACAUGCCGCACUUUCUUGCCUGCUAGAGGAGAUAUCUUGCAAGGUACUGUUAAAAAAGUGUUGUGGAACGGAGCUUUUAUCAGGUCAGGACCACUCAGAUACGCAUACCUUUCGUUCUUGAAAAUGCCGGAUUACCAUUAUGUCCACUCACCAUUGUUGGAGGACGAGAAGCCGUAUUUUCAGAAAGACGAUCUCUCAAAGAUUGCUGUUGGAGUUGUUGUGCGGUUUGGGGUGUUGGCUGUGCGGUUUAAGGAGAAGCCACACAAGAGAAGAAACGACUAUUAUGUUCUUGCGACUUUGGAACGCAACGAUUCAUUUGGUCCCAUCUCUCUUACAGGGUCGGAUGAGCCAUACAUGUAAUUUGCUGUAACCCAACCAUUACGUCAUAGUUGAAGUCUUUAGAUACUUUUUUCGUGUUUAGUACUAUCAUAUAGGUGAAAGAUGGUAUUUACUUACCAAAUCUAAUGCUUCUGCAAUACUGCAAAGAGGCUUUGAUAGAGAGACUUGUAGUUCUUGGCAGUGAUUUUUGCUUCAAACCUUAUCAUUAAGCGAAACCAAAACAGAGUUCAGUUCAA